CGGGCCCGCGGGCUGCGGCGGCUCUGGGUUUGGCGCUGGCGGAGGCGCCAUGGAGGCGGACGCGGGGCCGGUGCCGAUGCCGGAGCCGGCGCCGAGCUCAGAGCAGGGCCCGGACCCCGAGGAGGUCGCGCGGGCCGAGUUCGCGGCGCUGCACGGCCCGGCGCUGCGCGCGUCGGGGGUCCCCGAGCGGUACUGGGGCCGCCUCCUGCACAAGCUGGAGCACGAGGUGUUCGACGCGGGGGAGAUGUUCGGGAUCAUGCAGGUGGAGGAGGUGGAGGAGGAGAGUGAGGACGAGGCCGCGCGGGAAGCGCACAAGAAGAAGCCCAACCCGGGCAGCGAGCUCUGCUACAAGGUCAUCGUGACCAACGAGAACGGGCUCCAGGCGGCCGACCCCAACAGCAUCUUCCUCAUCGACCACGCCUGGACGUGCCGCGUGCAGCACGCCCGCCAGCAGCUGCAGCAGAUCCCGGGGCUGCUGCACCGCAUGGCCAACCUGAUGGGCGUCGAGUUCCACGGGGAGCUGCCCAGCGCCGAGGCCGUGGACCAGGUGCUGGAGGAGAUGUGGAAGUUCAACCAGACCUACCAGCUGUCCCACGGGACGGCCGAGGAGAAGGUGCCGGUGUGGUACGUCAUGGACGAGUUCGGCUCGCGCAUCCAGCACGCGGACGUGCCCAGCUUCGCCACGGCGCCCUUCUUCUACACGCCCCAGCAGGUGGCCUACACGCUGCUGUGGCCCCUGCGGGACCUGGACACGGGCGAGGAGGUGACUCGGGACUUUGCCUACGGAGAGACGGACCCGCUGGUCCGGAGGUGCAUGCUGCUGCCCUGGGCGCCCUCCGACCUGCUGGACGUCAGCGCCCGCACGCCCGAGCCGCCCGCCGAGUACUACCAGGCCAUUUUGGAGGAGAACAAGGAGAAGCUGCCACUGGCCAUCGAUCCGGCGGUGCGUCCCAGCGGCCACAUCUUCAAGGUCCACACGGACGUGCAGCAGGUGCUCGGCCACCUCACGCACCCCCGCUUCACCUUCACGCAGAGCGAGGCGGACGCCGACGUCCUCUACAACUUCUCACACUUCAAGGACUACAGGCGGCUCAGCCAGGAGAGGCCGCACGUGCUGCUGAACCAGUUCCCCUGCGAGAGCCUGCUGACCGUGAAGGACUGCCUGGCCUCCAUCGCACGCCGGGCGGGGGGCCCCGACGGCCCGGCCUGGCUGCCCCGCACCUUCAACCUGCGCACCGAGCUGCCCCAGUUCGUCAGCUGCUUCCAGCAGCGGGAGAGGCGGGGCGAGGACAACCACUGGAUCUGCAAGCCCUGGAACCUGGCUCGCAGCCUGGACACCCACAUCACCAGGAGCCUCCACAGCGUCAUCCGGCACCGCGAGAGCAGCCCCAAGGUGGUGUGCAAGUACAUUGAGAGCCCUGUCUUGUUCCUGCGAGAAGACGUGGGGAGGGUCAAGUUCGACGUCCGCUACAUCGUGCUGCUGCGCUCGGUCAAGCCCCUCCGGUUGUUCGUGUACGACGUGUUCUGGCUGCGCUUCUCCAACCGGCCCUUCGCCCUCACCGACCUGGACGACUACGAGAAACAUUUCACUGUCAUGAACUACGACCCGGAAGUGGUGCUGAAGCAGGUGCACUACGACGAGUUCAUCCCUGAAUUUGAGAAGCAGUACCCAGAGUUCCCCUGGAGGAGCGUCCAGGCUGAGAUCUUCCGGGCCUUCACGGAGCUGUUCCAGGCGGCGUGUGCUGAGCCGCCACCCCGGGGCCUCUGCCACUACCCCUCGUCCCGGGCCGUGUACGCCGUCGACCUCAUGCUGAAGUGGGACAGCCGUCCAGACGGGCAGCGAGCGAUGCAGCCCCAGAUCCUGGAGGUGAACUUCAACCCGGACUGCGAGCGCGCCUGCCGGUACCACCCCACCUUCUUCAACGACGUCUUCAGCACCUUGUUCCUGGACGAGCCCGACGGCUGCCCCGUCACCCGCCUGGUGUAGGCGCCGGCCCCGGGCUCUGAGCCGCUGCUGCAGAGUCCCCUCCUCCCGGGCCGGGCCGCCAGGUCCCGCUCCCACCCGGGGCGCAGGGCCUCCCUGAGGCCGGAGCAGGCCGUCACCCCGUCCCGGCCGCGUGCCCGCGCUGUGUGCACCCCCCACCGCCUGUGCGGUGUUGCUCAGCCCCAGCUUCAUCGCCGAGUUCGGGUCCUGGCGUCCAUAUUUCCCGGGGCGUUAGCGAGAGGGGCUCUGGGGAGUGUGACGAGGUGUCCCCAGAAACAAGGUCCCCAGGAACGCCUGUGGGAGCCCAAACGUCAGCAGGGCCAGCGGCUCUUGUCCAGUCUGUUGAGGCGUCGUGGCUCCCCCAGAGCGGGGCCAGGCUCCCACCCUCCCCUCGGCCCGUGUGGCAGGCGUCCCCAGAACACCUCGGGGACCUGCUUGCCAGACCCAGCCUUCUCGCACCCCCAUUCUCCCCCCCCCCCCCCAACUCCCCAGAACCGUCACCAGCAAACCUGUGGCCCCAGGGCAGCUGCUGAUGCCUCGCCAUCCAGCAAGGGCAGCCGUCCUGCUCCCCGUGGCCCUGGCCUCCCUGGACGGCAGGGGUCGCCCUCUCUGAGGGUGGGUGGCGCUUGGGCGAGGGGACUUGGGGCGAGGGGACCGGCGUGGGCAGCAGAGCAACAGGCAGGGGGCGGCUUCGAGGGAUGAUUCCACCGAGAACUUCGCGUCAGAUACAUCCUCCACCAGAGUCCAGGGUCAGACGUCGGAUUAUUGUUACUCUUUCGUUUAUGGGAAGAAAAUAUAAAGUUCUCGUUCGU